AUGAAGCCACGGUGGGUGCUCACGCUGUGGUGUGUGCUCCCGCUGGUACCUGGGCUGGGAGCCACAAGCAAGAGGUCCCCAGAAGAUGCCUCCUUCUACUAUGGAACUUUCCCGCCCGGCUUCUCCUGGGGUGUGGGCAGUUCUGCCUACCAGAUGGAGGGCGCCUGGGACCAGGACGGGAAAGGAGCUAGCAUCUGGGAUGCCUUCACGCACAGCGGGCCCGGGAAGGUGCUCGGGGACAGCACGGCAGACGAGGCCUGCGAUGGCUACUACGAGGUUCAGGAGGACAUAGUUCUGCUUCGGGAGCUUCAAGUUACUCACUACCGAUUCUCCUUGUCUUGGCCCCGGCUCCUGCCCACCGGUAUCCGAGCUGAGCAGGUGAAUGAGAAAGGGAUCGAGUUCUACAGCAAUUUGAUCGAUGCCCUGCUGAAGAGCAACAUCACCCCCAUCGUCACGUUGUACCACUGGGACCUGCCGCAGCUGCUCCAGGUCAAAUAUGGUGGGUGGCAGAAUGUAAGCAUGGCCGGCUACUUCAGCGACUAUGCCAACCUGUGCUUUGAGGCCUUUGGGGACCGAGUGAAGCACUGGGUCACUUUCAGCGAUCCUCGGGCAAUGGUGGAGAAGGGCUAUGAGACGGGCCACCACGCUCCAGGCCUGAGGCUGCCCGGCACCGGCCUGUACAAGGUAGCACACCACAUCCUUAAGGCACACGCCCAAGCCUGGCAUGCUUACAACACCACGUGGCGCAGCAAGCAGCAUGGUGUGGUGGGGAUUUCGCUGACCUGUGACUGGGGGGAGCCUGUGGACAUGAACAGACUCAAGGACAUAGAGGCAGCUGAGAGAUACCUACAAUUUUGCCUGGGCUGGUUCGCCAACCCCAUUUACGCGGGUGACUAUCCCCAAGUCAUGAAGGAUCAUAUUGGAAGGAAGAGCGCAGAGCAAGGGCUGGAGAUGUCCCGGCUGCCCGAGUUCUCUCUCCAGGAGAAGAGCUACAUGAAAGGCACAGCUGACUUCCUGGGACUGGGUCACUUUACGACAAGAUACAUCACGGAAAGGCACUUCCCUUCCCGCCAGGGACCCAGCUACCACAACGACCGUGACUUAAUAGAGUUUGUUGACCCCACCUGGCCAGAUCUGGGGUCCAAAUGGCUCUAUUCUGUGCCCUGGGGAUUUAGGAGGCUCCUGAACUUUGCUCAGACCCAAUAUGGCAGUCCCCCCAUUUACGUGAUGGAAAACGGAGCCCCUCAGCAGUCGCAUUGCACUCAGCUGUGUGAUGAGUGGAGAAUCCAGUAUCUCAGAGGCUACAUUAACGAAAUGCUGAAAGCUAUCAAAGAUGGAGUUAAUAUAAAAGGGUACAUUUCCUGGUCUCUGCUGGAUGAGUUUGAAUGGGAGAGAGGCUACGCAGAUAGAUACGGAUUCUACUACGUUGAAUUUAACAUCAGGAAUAAGCCUCGCUAUCCCAAGGCUUCAGUUCAAUACUACAAGAAAAUUAUCAUGGCCAAUGGAUUUCCGAAUCCUCGAGAGGUGGAAAGUUGGCGCCUUGAAGCCUUGGAAACUUGCUCUAUCAACAACCAGAGGCUUGCUACAGAGCCCCUGCGCCGCCACCUGCACCUGCUUUCGGAGAUCGUGGUUCCCACAGUGUGCGUCCUCUGUGUGCUCACUGCCGCCCUGCUGCUCAUGCUCCUCCUCUCCUGCCACCGCUGACAUCACCCUAUUGCCUCCCCCCCUCCUCCCCCAACGGUGCCUAUGUGUCCGUUUGCAGUCUGUGAGAAU